ACAUGAUCAAAAGAUGGAACUAAAACCUGUGUGACGAAGUGAAUACGUAUGCAGCGUAAAUACGUAUGAAGUUGGUCAAAACAAAAUCCUUGGAAGUCUGGUCAAAACUGAUAUGCCAUACCAACACAACAAAUCAGCAUACACACACUAUGGAUAAACCCAAUUCAAAGGUAGCACAGGACUUGACAACACUGAUGGAAACCACCAUGCAGCAACUAAGUCAUAAGUUUCAAGCAACGUCAGAUCAAAUUGUGUCAAGAAUGGAAGACAUGGGAACACGCAUCAAUGAUCUGGAAAAAAAUGUGGCUGACCUCAUGAGACAAGCAGGAAUGGAUGAAUGUCAAACAGGAGAGGAAAUGGCUCCUAAGGUAAAACCUGCAACACCUAUAAGUGUAAUCCAUGCUAUUUUACAGUACCCUUAUUAUUAAGGCAGCAUGUGACCUUUGUUAGCUACCAUUAAACAUGGAACUAGCCUGCUUACAUGGAAUCCCUCUGCUGUUGAGGAAUACAUUUAGACAGAUGACAAAUUAUUCACAAAAGAUAGGUGCCACUUAUUUGACCAUAAUGAUCUUAUAUUAUUUGAUCAACUGAUCUAAUGAGCUGGGCGGAAUUUCACCAAAUAAGGGAUGCAGCCAAAGAUUGUGGCUCUGAGGCAGCAUUUUGUACUUGAACCAUUGUAUCACAAGAUAUUGGCAUAGGCACCUAUUGGCAAUUGAAUUUUAAUCACCUGUUGGCAGCCAUUUCUUUGAGUGAACCUGAAUUCAAUGAAACUGCACUGGGAGAUGUGAGAAAAUGUGGCUGCUGUAAAAAAAAAAAAAAAGGAUGUCCGCUUGCCAAGUUUCCAAAUUGUAGCUGAAGUGGUUCUUGAGAAAAGUGUCCAUGUGGACGGACCUCUUAAGGGUCUUAUCAUGUGGGGCUACCAUGCAGUGUCCUGGGUCCCCUCAACAAAUAAUUACAGAAACACAAAGCUAAAGAGACAAGACUAUUCAAAUGCUUAAGUUGAGAAAAGACUCCACAGCAAGGUGAGAUGCGUAGGUAUGACAUUGGUAGGAACUGGGAUUUAUAAACACUGCCUGGCCCAAAAAAGGUUGCUGUGAAGGAAAGAGCCUGGAAUGAUGCACCCAUAGUGCCCACUGGACAAGCCUCUGGA